AUGCCCUAUACAUAAUUUUAGGAGCACAUCUAUAAACACCUACUAACAAAUUAAAGAAUUGCUAUCCAAGCUAAAAAAAGGGGUUCAAAAGUGCUAUGGAAAAAGCACAAGUAUGAAUGUUUGUCUAGGAUACAUAAAUAAAUGGCAACAACAACAGAAGUAACAAUCAACUUAAAAUUUGAAACCAAUUUAAUUCAAUUAACCAAAACAUAUGAUUAAAUAAUGAUACAAAUAUUGAAAAGAGUUUAUCAUCAUCAUUGUAUUAUGAUAAUCGAUUAUUUUGAUAGUUAAAAGCACAAGUAUGAAUGUUUGUCUAGGAUACAUAAAUAAAUGGCAACAACAACAGAAGUAACAAUCAACUUAAAAUUUGAAACCAAUUUAAUUCAAUUAACCAAAACAUAUGAUUAAAUAAUGA